CGACCGGUCGGUGGAGCUGCCUGUCAGCGGGCCCUAGGGGAGCCGGAGUUUGCCGAACGACUGCGGGCCGGUUGCCAUUGUGGAUGAGCGAGAGGCGCUCGGGGAUCGCCGAUGGUCUCCGUGUGAAGACAGGAUGUCGAGCGACACUUAUGUGAAGGAUAUCAAAGCUGGCUUAAAAAAUCUCAACCUUCUCUUCAUUGUCCUGGAGAUCGGGCGAGUGACCAAAACCAAGGAUGGGCACCAAGUCAGGACGUGCAAAGUCGCUGAUAAAACAGGCAGCAUCAACAUAUCCGUGUGGGAUGAUGUGGGAGAACUGAUUCAGGCUGGAGACAUCAUCCGGCUGACCAGAGGCUAUGCCUCGAUCUGGAAAGGAUGUCUGACGCUCUACACGGGGAGAGGAGGGGAUCUCCAGAAAGUGGGAGAGUUUUGCAUGCAGUAUUCCGAAGUGCCAAAUUUCAGUGACCCUAAUCCUGACUACAUGUCCCAGCUGCUGCCCCAGAACAAGCCAACCCCGACUGAACAAAGUCCUUCCGCCACUGGUCCGGCGGCUUCAUCCCCCUCUGUAAGCACUGGUAACGAGACUCCGAACGCUGUCGGCACAGGUGGAGCGGCGCUGGGCAACUCGAAUCACCAGCCGGCAACUGCAAGUGGAAGAGGCAAUGGACGAAGCCCAGGCAACAACCAAACUGCUGCCACAUCUACCUCCACCUCCACCUCCUCUCCGCCAACCACCACACUUAGCAACGGGCGCGAUCCACGACGGGUUCCGAAGCGCUGAUUGUUCCUUUGCUCGCAACUUUGAACAUUUUCCUGGUCUGUGAACCGUAUCAACGUGGUAUUCUUUCAGCAAACUUCAUCCAACCCUUCUCCUUAAAUCCAACGCCGCAAAGCAUUGGCAGACACAAAGUGCCGCAGUAAUUCAGCGGGACAGGCAGCAUCUCCAGAGAGAAGGAAUGGGUGACGUUUCAGGUCGAGGCCCUUCUGCGUUGGACAGCCACAGUUCGUCACACCUCUCCCUUUCCAAAUCACCUUCUAUAGAGUUGUAGAGGUCAAGUGAUAGGAGCAGAAUUAGGCCAUUCGGCCCAUCAAGUCUACUCCACCAUUCAAUCAAUGCUGAUCUAUCUCUCCCUCCUAACCCCAUUCUCCCGCCUUCUCCCCAUAACCUUUGACACCCGUAU